AUGAUCCCUCAAGGUGGGUCGGUGCUGGGGUCGGGGCUCCGCGGGAGGCCUCGAGGCCGAGCUUGGGGGCUUGGAGACCUCCUUGGAGUCCCUCCACGAGGCGGGUGUGUUGUGACGUUUGCAUCAGAUCUUAUGUUUUCUAGUCUCAGUACGAACCCUCAUAGAAUGAAAGGCGUGAAGACGUACUGCUUCUUCAUGGAGAAGACAUUCUUGACUCUUAAUGAGCUCCAUGUUUCUGUCUUCAAGCACUAUGUGAGAAAUGAGCUGGGAACUGGGAAACCAUACAAAGCCAAGCUAGCUGCAAUGGUCGCUUUGGCAUGUGCAUAUGUAAUAGGAUUCAUGAAUGUCAUAUGGACAGUGAUCUUUAAGGAGAAAUGGGCAGGCCUCUUUACAAAAGAUGAGAUGCUUAAAGCUCUGGCUGCAUCAGUCCUGCCAAUAAUUGGCUUGUGUGAGCUUGGCAACUGCCCACAAACCACUGGUUGUGGGAUUCUCCGUGGCACCGCUAGGCCAGCCGUGGGCGCCCGCAUCAACCUCGGCUCCUUCUACUUCGUGGGAACCCCGGUGGUGGUAGGCUUGGCAUUCUGGCUCAAACUUGGCUUUGGAGGCCUCUGGUUUGGCCUCCUGUCAGCGCAGGCUGCCUGCACUAUUUCCAUCAUUUACGCGGUGCUUUGCUGCACCGAUUGGGAAGCCGAGGCCUUGAAGGCAAAGAAGCUCACCGUGGUGGAAAUGGGGCAGUGCGCCGUCGAGAUCAAGCACGAAGAGAGUAAAGGGUUAUUGGUUUCGGAUUGCAGCAACACCCUUGAUGGUGUUUUGUAG